UGAUGUCAGGAUUAAAAUAAAUAAAUUAAAUACACCAUGGAUCACUAUCUUACAACUUAUAAGAAAGAUUACUUAUGGCCCAACUUACCUGGCGCGUCCACAGGGGCCGCUGGAGCAGAUGUUGCGGAGAUCCCAAAACUCUCAGGCGAGGAGCUCGCCUUCUAUCAAGCAUGUAUGCAACAUACGCGUCCGCCAGACUGUAGAUGCCCACAGAAUACCGGAGCGGAAGUACAACUACCCCCUGGUAAAGAAGGGGGAUGGAGUAGAAACGAGAUGAUGGGACCAUUACUGGACCCAAAACUCUAUCCAGUUCGAGUUGGUGCUAGUCCAGAGACAGCUACCUCACGCUAUGAUCAGCCGAAUGCGUUCUUAGAUAAGUUGCAGUCAAAAUACCCAAUGCUGUACAGCAUUCUGCAGAACGAGGCAUCGCCUGAAUUAAAGCAACGUAUAGACCGAGAUCGCAACAAAACAACAUAUCAAGUGGAUUAUUGUGAAGCCGGUCCAGGGGCAAAGUUUGAGGGUCUCCAAAGGGCAGCUGAUGAAAGCGGUACAGGACCAUGUGCACAACCUAUGAGAUUACCAGGAGAUCCCUGCAGGGUAGGACCUAAGCCAAGAAGGUCGACUCCUAAAACCAUAUCUAAGCAAGCUGGAGCCGGUGCUGCAAGUGAUCCAAGAGCCAAAUGUGAAACAACGUCAGCCGUACCACCUCUGGGUAAAACUGAAUAUCAAGAUGGCGUAUCAAAACUUGGAGCUAUUAUAAUGCGCGAUAAAUUGCACAGACGAUGAAUUAUGCAAAAAUAAAAUUGAAACAAGUAAUAAAUUUCUAAUAUAC